AUGCAUCUGAAGCGAGGGGUUGGCGUGGUGCUGGCGAGCCUGUUGCUCCUGACGACGGUGAGCCCGGUGUGGGCGCGGCGCGGCGGUGGUUUCGGGCGUAUGGGCGGCGGCAUGCGUAGCGGCGGCGGGGGCUGGGGUGGCGGAGGCGUACGCAGCGGAGGGGCCUGGGGGGGUCAACCCGCCCAGAGCUCCGGCUCCAGCGCGGGCAAGAUGGCGGGCGCGGCCGCCGCGGGGGCACUAGGGGGCGCCGUGCUCGGCUCCAUGGUCCGCCCCGGAUACGGCGGCGGAUACGGCGGCGGCUACGGUUACGGAGGUGGCUUCGGAGGCGGCUACGGCGGAGGCUACCCCAGGUACGGAGGCGGGUACGGCAGCAGGGGCGGCUACGCAGCAUCGGGCACCGGCGGCUACGUGGACGGAGAGUUCCGGAACGAGACGGAUAUGGAAUACUACAUGAGCGGCGCGACCGACUCCAGAGCGUCCCUGGCGUGCAACAUCCUGCUGGGGUCAGCGCUCUCCUUCCUCAUCGGACACUGGGCACUGUGA